GAUUAUAUUUGAUGGGAGGGAAUACAUAAACACCCUACAAACUUUAGAUUUUCACGGAUUUUCCAUUCUAUUUGCAGAUUUGGUUGUGUAUCACAAAAAUAAACAACUUAUUGAUACUUUUUAUCUGUGUUUGUUUGGUUGAUUACAUUUUUUUUAUAAGUUUUCUAAAAUGGUGUCCAUCAAGAGGCUUUUAGCCAUUACAUUGUGGUUGUUUAUAUGUAUUUUGUAUGGCAAAUGCUCUAUCCACAAGAAUUUAAAAUACUUUGAGACUUUGCAUGCCUCAAGUUUUACACACCACAUUGAGAAACGAGGUGCAAAGGUGUCUAAUCAUCCAUACAAUACUAUCAAAGAAUUACACUUCAAAACUCAUGGGAAACAGUUUCGUCUGAUUCUACAUCCACACAGCUCUGUUUUGCAUUCUAAUUUCAAAGCUUAUGAAGUUGAUGGUGAUGGAAAAGAAAGUACAAUUCAUGUUGAUCGUGAUAAUUUCUACACUGGCCGAGUAUUUGGAGAAACUGCUUCUGAUGUUAAGUUGCACAUGGAAGAUGGCAUGAUAACAGGUGCCAUUCAUCUGCCAGAAGACACAUAUCAUAUAGAGCCAUCUUGGCGUCAUUUGCCGCACCUAGACGACCGGACUAUGAUCACGUAUCGCGCCUCUGACAUACAGUUUAGCUGGUCUGAUACGGCAGAUGUGCAUGGCAAGCCACGAGUUUGUGGCUAUGUAAAAGAUGGACAUGAAUUAGAUGUUGACGAAGAACAAGAUGAGGAUGAUGAAGUGGAUUUGGAAAUAGAACAAGAACAAAUGGAAAAGUAUAAAUAUUUGAAUCAGUCUUUGUUUGAUGAGAGUGGAUCGAAAAUGAAGAUACGGGUUAAAAGGCAAAGUGAUUAUGAAUAUACACCAACAAAAACUAGAUGCCCCCUACUCCUCGUGGCAGAUUACAGAUUCUUCAACGAAAUGGGGGCCAGCAAUACAAAAACAACCAUAAGUUAUUUAAUAAGUCUCAUUGACAGAGUGCACAAAAUAUACAAUGAUACUGUAUGGCAAGAUCGUCAGGAUAUGGACGGGUUCAAAGGAAUGGGGUUUGUGAUAAAGAAGAUCCUGGUGCAUUCUGAGCCGACGCGGGUGCGAGGUGGCGAGGCGCACUACAACAUGGUGCGGGAGAAAUGGGACGUCAGGAAUUUGCUUGAGGUAUUCAGCCGCGAAUACUCGCACAAGGACUUCUGCCUGGCGCACCUGUUCACCGACCUCAAGUUCGAGGGCGGCAUUCUCGGACUCGCGUACGUCGGUUCUCCUAGGAGAAACUCCGUUGGUGGAAUUUGUACACCCGAAUACUUCAAGAACGGCUACACCCUAUACCUGAACUCUGGUCUGAGUUCGUCCCGCAACCAUUACGGGCAGCGCGUGAUCACCCGCGAGGCGGACCUCGUGACUGCGCACGAGUUCGGACACAAUUGGGGAUCUGAACAUGACCCCGACGUGGCUGAGUGUUCUCCUGCUGCUUCCCAGGGCGGGUCCUAUCUCAUGUAUACGUAUAGUGUCAGCGGCUAUGACGUCAACAACAAGCGUUUCUCCCCGUGCAGCCUGCGCUCGAUCCGCAAGGUGCUGCAGGCCAAGUCGGGGCGCUGCUUCUCCGAGCCCGAGGAGAGCUUCUGCGGCAACCUGCGCGUCGAGGGCGGCGAGGAGUGCGACGCCGGCCUGCUCGGUACCGAGGACAACGACAUGUGUUGCGAUAAAAAUUGCAAGCUGAGGAAAGGCCAGGGAGCUGUUUGCAGCGACAAGAACUCGCCGUGCUGCGCGGGGUGCGUGUUCGCGCCGCCCGGCCUCGUGUGCCGCGAGGCUGCGCACUCCGCCUGCGAGGGCGAGGCCACCUGCAACGGCGUCUCCGCUGACUGCCCCAAGGCGCCGGCGAUCGCGGACGAGCACGAGUGCGCGGAGCGCGGGCGCUGCCGCAACGGCUCGUGCGUGCCCUACUGCGAGACUCAGGGCAUGCACAGCUGCAUGUGCGAUAUCGUGGCGGACGCGUGCAAGCGCUGCUGCCGCAAGAGCCUCAACAAGACGUGUUUCCCGGUGGCGCACAACGACAUCCUGCCCGACGGCACGCCUUGUAUACAAGGGUUCUGCAAUAAGGGCGUGUGCGAGAAGACGAUCCAAGACGUGGUGGAGCGAUUCUGGGACAUCAUCGAGGACAUCAACAUCAACAACGUGCUGGGGUUCCUGCGGGACAACAUCGUGGGCGUGGUCGUGCUCGUCACCGCGCUCAUAUGGAUACCCGUCAGUUGUAUCAUAAGUUACGUGGACAGGCGUCGUCAGAGUCAGUACCAGAAGCGGGCCGACUGGGAAAGAAGCUCCGACUACGUUUACUCAUCAUCACCGCAGAAGAUUAUUUGUACUAGAUUACCGAAGCAGCAGCCUCCAGGGAUGAACAGAAACCAUCAGUGAAAUCAGUCUAGUCAGACUUAGUUUAAGUGUAAGAUUUAGUGAAAUAUUAAUAAAAUAUUUAACUUAAUAA